AUGCCGCUGGAGCAGCCGGGGAUGAAGUGGCUGUUCAAGAAGGGUGCUUCGUGCGCUGGUGAGGUGGCUUUGCUUAUGACUCCAUUGACAGGGAAGGUGUUUCAGCUGCAGGAGAAGAUCAAUGCUCAGAAGCAGGCGAAGAAAAACACCAAAGAUGCAAUCACAGUGCUGACGGAAGCAACGGGAGAUGCACAGGCAAAGAAAGCUGCGGGCAAAGCGAAAGCUAAGGGUAAAGCAAAGGCGAAAUCAUCCGCCAAGACCCAGGGAAUCGAGGACAGCAGCAAGCUUGACAGUGCUAUCGUUGUCGACUCAGUGCAGGGUGGCAAGCUCGUGCGGGACAAAUACUUCGUGGAUUGCUUGGCGAUGGCAAUCAGGUCGUCUUUGUUAGCUUGCAGACACAAAUGGGGAGUUAUCAGAGACUCUGACAGUGCCACAGCCGCCGAUUACAUGGGAACCGAUAUGCCGGUGUACAGUUCAGUAGAGUGUCGUAUCAUGGAACAAUGCAUCCGCCGGGGCAUAUUCUUUGCAUGUGAGCGAGAGCUUGUGUUGGAUGGGAAAAAACACAAGAAAUGGUCUACGUUGAGACCUCAACUGCAGCUCUACGCAAUGAAUGAGUACCACAAGGCAGGGCAACGAUUGUUUCUUCCUUUUGCAUUUGUUUGCGCAGCCACAGUCACAGUUGCGGCGGCAUACUCCGACAAGCUUAUCUGUGCGGCCGGUUUGGAGCAAGGGUUUGUAUCGUCCUCCGACACGCAGCAGCAGGUGUCCGAAGCUCUCUCAAGUGCUAGUGCUGGGUCGCAUGCACACCAACACCAUGCCAUGUCGAGUUCGGCAGCCACCACUACAACAGCGGCAACAGUUCAGAAUGCACUGGCUGCACAGUCCGUGGAACCUCUCAUCAGCGAUUUCCUCACGUGGCUCGACAUGGAGAUGGGUGCCACACGCACCGAGAAUCCUCUCGAGCAGCCACCGAGCGACAAAUCCAUGUUUGACAAGAUCAUGCAUCACCUGACCUACAACAAGAUUUACGGCGAAUGGACCGACAUGUGUUCCUGCGGCGAGAAUAGGACGAACCAGGAGAGUUGUUUGCUCCAUCAAACGAUCGCGGACAUUGCGGACGUGGCAUUUCACGCAUGCUCAUCGGUACUCGCCGUCCUGCCUGCAACAGUGGUUGCCACUGGCCAAAUCCUUGGCCAACACCUAGUGGGCAACUGGGAUGCCCUGCCAGCAGUCCUCAAGGAUCAUGCUAGGAACGAUUUGUUCAAAAAAAUCCUAACACCUUCUGGCGUGACCUGCCUAGCACGCCUCCGGUGCUUCUAUAUUUUGUCCUUGUGCCAUCAGACUCUGGAGGGUCGCUGUGGUGAGAUCUCUGGCGACAAGCUGAUGACACUGAUCCAAUCGCACAUAGGGGUGUUUGCACAGAUGGAUGCCAUGUGUACUCCAUUCGAUGUUGCCAGUCUUGCCAGUGGGUAUGCCAGUGGACUGAUGGAGCUUAUUCGAAAAGGCAAGGUAACCAUCGAUGAUCUUACCGAGGACGCUCCAUCAGCCGUUCAACCUGUGCAGGAAUCUUCGACCGAUGCUGGUCAGGCAAACACCUCAGCCGAAGGUGCAGCAGCAUCUUCCGGGGACGGGACUCGGAUGGUUUCUUAUCGUGCGCUAAGUGUGCUGGCAACGGAUCAUGCCAAGCAAGGUGAGGGCAUUGCAGGCACAUCAGGGAGCUACGAAGAUCGCAACGGUUGCAGUGGUGCCGUGACCUUCUGUGUCAAGGAAAUUGAGAAGGGUGACAAGAAAGUCAAGUCAACAGAAGUGCUGCUGCGUUUGCCAAAGACACAACAGGUCACUAACAUCAUUGACAACUACAAGGACUUGUCGCAAGGACAAGACGGUGUACGGGCAAGACUGGAUGAGGUGACCACGCCGGAGCUCAGAGAUAAUUUCAAGCUGUGCUUCUGGGGCGACGUUUGCACCGCUGCCCCCGUCGUGCAGAAACCGCCAAGAGUGAUGACGUUAACGUCACUCGAAGUCACCGUGCAGGGUGAUCCCGAUCAGCCACUGAAGCAUCGUAUUGGCGGCAGUGGUGACGGCGAUGAUUGCGGAGACGACGAGUGUGAAUUGGAGUUUUAUAUCAGGGGCAAUAGCUUCGAUACCUUGGAGAGUGAGACUCCAUGUGCAACCUGGAUGAUCCCGCCAACGGACCUAGCUCGCCCAGCGCUGAUUAUCGGAGAGCUCCCAUGCCAAAUGAUCUACAAGGGCACGACAAUCAAGUACUCGGUUCCAGUCCUCCGCUUUACCACCGACGGAGAGGACGCUGGUUUGACGCCAGUCCUGAUCAAAGUCAUCGACGGAGAUGCCUUCCUCGUGCUCAUGAGGGAGCAUCUGCCAGGAGAAGAGUGGAAACCAAAAAAGGGCACAAAGCGAGCAUACCCUGGCCAGGCGCAUCUGGCGGAGGGAGAUUGGCCCCUUGCCAACGAGGCCCUUCGCAAGCUAGGCCUUUUCGGCGGUGUUGGCGCAACAACGUCAGCCGUGAGCCGCUUGACCAAGAGCUCACCGACAAAGAAGCCACGUGUGAACGCAAAUGCAAAGCAUUUGACGAAGUAG